AAAAAGUAUUUCCUGGACUGGUCUGUCGGGGCGGAUCGUCGUGUCGGUGCAGGUUCCUCUCUGUGUCUGAAGAAAUGAGCUCUUUGCAGUUUAACGCCGUUUUACUCGACAUUUCUAACAGCCUGUCGGCCUCGGAGCUGGAACAAAUCAAGUAUUUGUGUAAGGAUGAUAUCGGGAAGAGAGACCUGGAGAAGAUCGACAGCGGGUUGAAACUGUUUCAGUUGCUGACUCAGAGAAACAAACUGGGAGCAGACAACACGGAGCAUGUCUGCGGGCUUCUCCGGACUAUUCAACGACCCGACCUCUCCGAGAAACUCCAAAACUUUGACUGUGAGCGUGAAAACAGCGAGAACCAGCCGCCUGAGCCGGAGAGAGAAAAACUGGGCAUUGCCACGGAGUUUAUCUCAGAGAGUCUGGGAAGAGGUUGGCGUAAACUGGGCCGCAAACUGGGACUGAAAGAAACAAAGUUGGAGUCCAUCUCCCUGAGGCAUCCCACAGACCUGGAGGAGACGACGGUGGAGAUGCUGAAGGAAUGGAGGAAGAGUCGUGGAGCCGAGGCCCGAACAGACGAUCUUAUAAAAGCUCUGAGAGCCUGCGGGUUGAACCUAACUGCCGAUAAAAUCGAGGAGAAACUCAAACUGACAUGUCAGUGAAGGAUGAUGUGAGCUGGGGUUUUAGUAAUUCAGCUACAACAGAGUUGUAUUCAGAUCUUUCAAAUAAUGCCAAAAAAAUGUUGUGGAUAAAUCAACUUCCUGAUUGUAGAGCUGCACAAGUAUGACAGUGAGAGCGAGUGUUGAAUGUACUGAUCUAAAAAAAUGUUUUGAUGUUUUUGUUUGAAGAUGAAAAAUAAGGGAAUGAACUUGAAUUCUGUUGAUUAAAAAUGAAAAAGAAACCAAAGAGCCUUUUUCAAGUGGAACAAGCAUUACAGACAUGUUUGUGAUAUUUUAUCAACACCUCACCUUUGACCUCUUUAAUAUUGAUUUGUAAAAUGGGCUUCUGGGUUCAUACUUUUUUAUUCAAGUCAUCAUUUGUUGCUUAAAUUAAUCUCAAAAAUGGGUGCAGUGAUUUCAAAAUUCACAAUAUAACUGAUUUUACAAGGCAAAAUGAAAUCGACUCACACUUUAGAU